UUUUAAAAUGAAAAUAUUAUUGACUUGUGUUAUAGUCGUAAUUUUAAUGAGACAAGGGAUAUGUAGAUUUACUGAAGCUACUUUCAAAGAUAAUGAGCAUUCUCUAGUAAAUGGAUAUCAUCAUGAAAGAUUAGCUGAAAUUUCAGAGACUUUAACAGGCUUUAAUGCUUAUAAGUCAUUUCAAGAGAUACCAGACACUAGUAAUGAGACAAGCCAUAUGUGUCUUGAGAGUCUCAGAACCUCACUCUCUCCUGGAGGAGUGAAUUAUUUAAAACUUUACUACGCUCUUUCAGGUAAAUCUAUCAAUCAGCUCGGAAACCCUGAGCUGUGCCAUAAAAUGGAUCAAUCUGAAUGGGUUUUCCUCAAAAUUAAUGCAGGGGUUAACAUCAACCUUGGGCUGUGUGUCCCAACAGCUUGUGCAGCUCCUGAAGAAUUUUCAGGGUUUAAAGAGUUUUUGAUGAGAAAAGCAAGAGAACUUGGAAUAUUAAGCUCAUGGUGCCUUACCAGCAGGCAUCUGCAUCCUGGGGAGCUGGAGGUAUCAUUACACUCACAGUUUUGGGAUUGAUAACUCUUCU